AUGCGAUCAACAGUGGACACUCUCCGAGCUGUAAACUAUUACUCUGCAGAAGAUGAUGCUUCUUGGGCGAUUCAUACUCCCAAUGUGACGACUGUGAUUGGACGACACAAACAAAAGCUCUACCAUGGUUUCAUUGCCAAUUGCCACAAGGCAGUUGCCGAACAAAAAGAAGAGAACCCUCAGUUGUGCUCUGAAAACGAAGAAUAUCGAAGGGGGUGGUCAAGAACUCAAGAGCUCACGAAUGAGUUGUUUGCCGAAGCGAAGAAGGUCGUGGAAGAGUGGACUGGCCAAGAGCUUCGACCAGUCUCACUCUAUGGAAUUCGACUUUUUCAUAAUGGAUCGAGUCUAGCGCCUCAUAUGGACCGCAACCCUCUCAUCAGUUCUGCCAUUAUGUAUGGACACGAAGGGGCUGUCACAAAUGUUACCAUGGCACCUGGAGACAUGGUCCUGGUGUAUGAGAGCCAUUCCGUUAUCCAUGGAAGACCGUUCUCGUUGAAUGGUGACUUUUAUGCGAACAUUUUUGUUCAUUUUGAACCACUAGGCCCCAGCAAGGACGAACCAUUGGAAACUUUUAUGACCCCGAUCUACAUCUUCCACCAUAUCUCAUUCCCGGCAGUGGAUGGGUGA